AUGCGUGUCCUUGCCCUAGUCACGGGCCUCGUUGGCAUUGCCAAUGCUGCCUGUCCGUAUAUGACCGGCGAAGUGGACAAUCCUCAUCUCGAGCGCCGAGGUGAUGAGGAUGCUGCUGCUGACACGGAGAAAUUCUUGUCUGCCUUCUACCUCAAAGACCAGGAUGUCUAUUUGACCUCGGAUGUGGGCGGCCCCAUUGAGGAUCAGAACAGUCUCAGUGCUGGCGAGCGAGGCCCGACCUUGCUCGAGGACUUUAUCUUCCGUCAGAAGAUCCAGCGCUUCGAUCAUGAGCGCGUCCCCGAACGGGCCGUUCACGCCCGAGGCGCUGGUGCCCAUGGCACAUUCACCUCCUAUGGCGACUGGUCCAACAUAACCGCUGCUUCAUUCCUGUCCGCCAAGGGCAAACAAACACCCAUGUUCACGCGCUUUUCCACCGUUGCUGGAAGUCGCGGUAGUGCCGAUACAGCACGAGAUGUGCAUGGCUUUGCCACUCGUUUCUAUACCGACGAAGGAAACUUUGAUAUUGUUGGAAACAACAUCCCUGUUUUCUUCAUCCAAGAUGCUAUCCUUUUCCCGGAUCUUAUUCACGCCGUCAAGCCCCGCGGUGAUAAUGAGAUCCCCCAAGCUGCUACUGCGCACGAUUCGGCUUGGGACUUCUUCAGCCAGCAGCCUAGUACCCUGCAUACCCUGCUGUGGGCAAUGGCUGGUCACGGAAUUCCUCGGUCGUUCCGUCAUGUUGAUGGAUUCGGAGUGCACACUUUCCGUCUGGUUACUGACGAUGGAAAGACCAAGCUCGUCAAGUUCCACUGGAAGGGUCUUCAGGGCAAGGCCAGCUUUGUGUGGGAGGAGGCUCAGCAGGCCGCUGGUAAGAACGCAGACUUUAUGCGCCAGGAUCUUUUCGAGUCCAUUGAAGCUGGGCGUUUCCCUGAGUGGGAGCUCGGUGUCCAAAUUAUGGAAGAAGAGGACCAGCUCCGGUUCGGCUUCGAUCUUUUCGAUCCCACCAAGAUCGUCCCGGAAGAGCUCGUGCCUGUAACCAAGCUCGGAAAGAUGCAGCUGAACCGCAACCCCCUGAACUACUUCGCCGAAACCGAGCAAGCCAUGUUCCAACCCGGCCACAUCGUCCGUGGCGUUGAUUUCACCGAAGACCCUCUCCUCCAAGGCCGCCUCUUCUCCUACCUAGACACCCAACUGAACCGCCACAACGGUCCCAACUUCGAGCAGCUCCCCAUCAACCGCCCCCGCGUCCCAGUCCACAACAACAACCGCGACGGCGCAGGCCAGAUGUACAUCCCGCUGAACAAAGACGCCUACUCGCCCAACACGCAAAACGCCGGCUCCCCCAAACAAGCAAACCAAACCACCGGCAAGGGCUUCUUCACCGCGCCCCGCAAGGCAACAGGCUCUCUCCAGCGAACAGUCAGCUCGACCUUCGCGGACGUCUGGUCUCAGCCCCGCUUGUUCUGGAACUCGCUCAUUCCCGCGGAAAAGCAGUUCGUUGUUGACGCUAUGCGCUUCGAGGUCUCGAAUGUGAAGAGCUCGGUCGUUCAGAAUAACGUUAUUAUCCAGCUCAAUCGUAUUAGCAAUGAUCUUGCGACUCGGGUCGCGGAGGCAAUUGGCAUUUCUGCGCCCUCGCCGGAUAACAAGUACUACCAUGAUAACACGACUGCGCAUAUUGGUGCUUUUGGAGAGAAGCUUAAGACGCUGGAGGGACUGAAGGUUGGAUUGCUUGCUUCGGUUUCCAACAAGAGUUCUAUUGCGCAGGGAGCGAAUUUGCAGGCUGCGCUUGCCGCGGCGGGUGUUGAUGUUGUUGUUGUUGCGGAGAGGAUGGCGGACAACGUGAAUCAGACUUAUUCUGCUUCUGAUGCUGUGCAGUUUGAUGCUGUUGUUGUUGCAGAUGGGGCGGAGGGAUUGUUCUCCGGUAAGUCCUUUACUGGGAAGCCGGUGAAUGGUACUUCGUCUUUGUAUCCUGCUGGGAGACCUUUGGAUAUUUUGCUUGAUGCUUUCCGGUUUGGAAAGCCUGUUGCUGCGCUUGGGCGGGGUGUUGGAGCCCUGAAGACUGGGCAGAUCUCCACUGAGAGAGAGGGUGUUUAUGUUGCUGGGUCUGUUGGAGAUGCCUUUGUCAAGGAUGUGAAGGAGGGUUUGAGAACAUUCAAGUUCCUGGAUCGGUUUGCCUUGGAUUAA